AUGAAGCCGACCGAUUCUGGAAAUCAUCCUGAAUAUUUUAUGACUCCACUCAAUACUUGGGGCAUGACUGGCAAUGCAGAUACCUUUCGGCAUGGAGCUACUUCAUAUCGAAAUGCUCGCGACUGUGCGAAGGAAGCGAGAGACGCGCUUAUUGAGGUUGCGAACGAAAAGGGUCCGGGAGUGUGUACAGAAUCUCAGUCUUUUGCAUCAUCUGGCAAUGGGGCAGUUUCUAUUUCAGCGGCUGGCCCAGUUUGCGUGGAGUCUGAUACUUUAGCUGACGAAACGGACGCUGAGUGCGUGGGCGCCCCGCAAUGGAGCUUUACAGAUCAUAUUGAAGACGAGGUGGAAGAGGGAGAGGAUAAUACCCUAGAAAUAGAUAAGGCCUCGGCAGUUUUCAUUGCUAAUUAG